AUGUCUUCUGCUUUCUUCGUCGUCGAGUACGGCCCCGCCGGCCAGACCCAGCAGGGUCGCAUUGAAUUCAAGCUCUACAAUGACGUUGUCCCUAAGACCGCCGCCAACUUCGCUGAGCUUUGCAAGAAGCCCGAGCGUGAGGGCUACAAGGGCUCCAAGUUCCACCGUGUCAUCCCCCAGUUCAUGCUCCAGGGUGGAGACUUCACCCGUGGCAACGGUACCGGUGGCCGCUCCAUCUACGGCGAGAAGUUUGCCGAUGAGAACUUCACCAUCAAGCACACCAAGCCCGGUCUGCUCUCCAUGGCCAACGCUGGUCCCAACACCAACGGCUCCCAGUUCUUCAUCACUACCGUCGUCACCAGCUGGCUCGAUGGCAAGCACGUCGUCUUCGGCGAGGUGUCCAAGGGCUACGAGCACGUCCAGGCCAUUGAGGCUCUUGGCUCCGGCUCCGGCGCUGUCCGCGGCACUGCCAAGAUCGUCGACUGCGGCUCUGCUUAA